GUCGGUCGUCGAGGAAGGUUGUUGCUGUUCUUCGGUCCUCGGGCUCUCUCGACGAAGAAAAAAAAAGAAAAAAAACAACUAAAGAAUAGCAAUAAUAAACUAUUAAAAAAAGAAAAAAAAAAAGAAAAGAGAAAAGAUAUACAAACAAAAUCCUUAAAAAAGCGAGAACGCAAGAAGUGAAGCAAGUGCGUCGUGGGUAUUGUGAAGCAAACAAGAAUUUUUUUCCUCGAAAUACUCCGACUUACCUUUCGAACGUCAUGGCUACCAGGAUGCAGGAGGUCGUGUCGAGAGCAGUGGUCGUGGCCUUUUCAGCCGUUUUAGUGAUGAGGUGCGUCGCCGCGAUCAUUACCUGCCCAUUCGGAUGCUUCUGUCUGUCGGAAACUAAGGUCAUUUGCAACAAGGGCAGCCUAGAAUCGAUCCCAGAUAACCUGCCAGCGACUGUGGAGGAGCUCAAGUUCUCGCGAAACCCUCUCCCGGGCCUCACCUCCGACAUGUUCCGGCGGUGGCGAAAGUUGCGGACGCUCACCCUCGACGACAACGCCAUCAGGGACAUCAAGCCUUUCGCCUUCAGGGGCCUCGCUAGUCUCCACGAGAUUUCCAUACAGAACAACCCGCUAACGGAGCUUCCCCAAUUCUCUUUUGCCGGUCUUGAAAACGUCAGCCUUAUUAACCUUUCGAAGAAUCGGAUCGAGGCGAUUCAUCCAUACGUCUUCGCGGGCAGUAGAAACCUCGGCAUUAUCAACUUAAAGGAAAAUCCACUGAUACGAGUAGAAGCGAGGGCAUUUUCAGGCCUACGAAAUAUCCACUUCAUCUACCUUCCCUUCUGGGUCAAAUUCGUCCUCUCCUCAGAGAACAUGUGA